AUGGAGGAUCGGGCUAAGAUCUGCGAGCUCUGCGCAGGAGCGCCGGACGUUUACUGCAACUCCGACGACGCCUUCCUCUGCUUCAACUGCGACGCCAGAGUUCACCAAGCCAACUUCCUCGUCUCCCGCCACCUCCGCCUCCUGCUCUGCCGGACCUGCCGCUGCCUCACCCAGAACUCCGUUUUCGGACCCAGAUCCCUUCCCUACUGCGCCUCCUGCUCCUCGUCGGAGGUGGAGAGCGUUUCUUCGGAGCAAGAGAUGGACUCGAUCUCCUGCUGCUCGUCCUCCAACCCUUCCGAAUCGGGGAGUUCCACUGCGAAAUUCCCCGUCCGCUGCGACGUGACGGUGGACCAGCGGCAGGGGCCGAGGAGCAACAACGCGCCGCCGAGAUCUGGAGCCUGCGAGGGGAAGAUCGGGGACGUUUUCGCGAAUUGGUGUAGGAAGGUGGGUGUGGAGGCGGAUCUGGUGGAGCCGAGGGCGGUCCAGGCGAUGGGAUUGUUGAGCGCGGGGCGGAUCGGGAGGGUGCUGCCGCUGCGGCUGAGCUUGGCGGCGGCGUUUUGGUUUGGAGCGCGGCUGAGCGGGGACAGGUCGCGGCAGAGCCUGCGGAGAUUGGCGCACGUGUCGGGGGUCCCGGCGGAGCUGAUCGUCAGCGUGGAGGCGAAGCUUGAGCAGGGGUUCAAAGGCCGUGGAAGAUCACGGCGGCGACCGGAGCCGGAGGAAGGUUGGGCGGAGUCGGUUGUUUGA